AUGGUAGUGGGGAAAACAACGAAACGGACACUGUACCGUGAGAGGAGGCAGGGAGACGGGUGGGCAGAGGCAGCAGACGACGGCAGGCAGACAGAAGUCUCGUUCCCGGUAUGGAAGCGGCAGGGUGCGCGGAGCCUGGCCGCGAGCGCAGCGGCCACGGGGAGACGAGCGGCAGCGAGUCCGCAGGAGAGGACCCGCGGUGGAGACACAGCGACCAUGGCGCGCAGCCCCAAACAUGUGAUGUUGAAGAGGAGCCGCGACCAUGCAGGACGAACAAUGUGCGAAGCCAUGGGCGCAGGCCGGACCGGGUGCUACAUAGUGCUGGACGUCAUGCUGGAUAUGGCCGAAUGCGAGGGAGUGGUGGACAUCUACAACUGUGUGAAGACCCUCUGCUCGCGACGCAUCAACAUGAUCCAGACAGAGGAGCAGUACGUCUUCAUCCAUGACGCCAUCUUGGAGGCGUGUCUGUGUGGAGAGACCGCCAUCCCCGUGAGCGAGUUCAGCCCCACCUACAAAGAGCUGCUCAAAGUGGACUCCCAGUCCAACACCUCGCAGCUGCGCGAGGAGUUCCAGACCCUGAACUCGGUCACCCCUCACCUGGACGUGGAGGAGUGCAGUAUCUCCCUGAUGCCGAGGAACCGGGAGAAGAACCGCAGCAUGGACGUCCUGCCGCCGGAUCGGUCGCUGGCGUUCCUGGUGACCACGGAGGGCGAGAGCAGCAACUACAUCAACGCCGCCUUGGCCGACAGCUUUCUCCGGCCGGCCGCGUUUGUGGUCACCCCCCACCCGCUGCCUGGGACCACCACCGACUUCUGGAGACUGGUGUACGACUACGGCUGCACCUCCAUCGUCAUGCUCAACCAGCUCAACCAGUCCAACUCGGCAUGGCCCUGCCUGCAGUACUGGCCCGAACCGGGACUCCAGCAGUUUGGACCAAUGACGGUGGAGCUGCUCUCCCGGACGGAACACGAUGAUGUCAUAAUAAGGCUUUUUAGAGUGCAGAACAUCACACGGGAUCUGGACGAGACUGACCUCUCAGAGCAGGACACCACUAGACUCUUGCCCAAGCAGAUCCAAGAAGGACAGCUGGUGGUACGUCACUUCCAGUUCCUGCGCUGGUCUCCGUAUCGCGACAUCCCGGACUCUAAGAAGGCCUUCCUCAGCCUGCUGGCCCAAGUGCACAACUGGCAAAGGGAGUGCGGAGAGGGCAGGACCGUAGUGCACUGCUUAAACGGAGGUGGGCGCAGCGGGACCUUCAGCGCCUGCACCAUGAUCUUGGAAAUGAUCCGACACCACAGCAUGGUUGACGUCUUCUUCGCUGCCAAAACCCUGCGCAACUCCAAACCCAACAUGGUGGAGACUAUGGAGCAGUACCGAUUCUGCUACGAGCUAGCGCAGGAGUACCUGGACUGCCUGGAGGCCAGAUAG